ACAACUUCUACUAUAUUACUACAAAAUAUAAAAAUACUUUCCUAUUUUAUUUAAUAAUUUUGUGAGUAACAUCUUUCUAAAAUAAAAAUGACAAGUUCAUUAGAGGAAAUUCGCAAAGCUCAAAGAGCAGAUGGGCCAGCAACAAUCUUGGCAAUUGGUACUGCAACACCACCUAAUUGUGUUUAUCAAUCCGAUUUCCCGGAUUAUUAUUUUCGGGUUACCAAGAGCGAGCAUAUGACUGAGCUGAAGGAAAAGUUUAAGCGCAUGUGUGACAAGUCCAUGAUUAAAAAACGUUACAUGCACUUGACAGAAGGAUUCCUCAAGGAAAAUCCUAACAUGGUUACUUACAUGGGAUCUUCCUUGGAUACUCGCCAAGACAUUGUGGUAUCUGAGGUUCCUAGGCUCGGCAAAGAGGCGGCAGUCAAGGCCAUCAAGGAAUGGGGUCAGCCUAAGUCUAAGAUCACCCAUGUCAUAAUGUGCACCACCUCUGGUGUUGACAUGCCUGGGGCCGACUAUCAACUCACUAAACUUCUUGGCCUACGUCCCUCUGUUCGUCGCUUUAUGCUCUACCAACAAGGUUGCUUUGCGGGCGGAACUGUCCUCCGCCUCGCAAAGGACUUAGCCGAGAACAACCGUGGAGCUCGCGUCUUGGUGGUUUGUUCUGAGAUUACCGCGAUUUGUUUCCGUGGGCCCACUGAGACCCACUUGGACUCCAUGGUGGGCCAGGCCCUAUUUGGGGAUGGGGCCGGAGCAUUGAUCGUUGGUGCUGAUCCAGAUGAGUCCAUUGAAAGGCCUUUAUUUAAAAUGGUUUGGGCCGCCCAAACUAUAUUACCGGACUCCGAGGGUGCAAUCGACGGGCACUUGCGAGAAGUGGGCCUGACUUUUCACUUACUAAAAGAUGUUCCUGGGCUUAUUUCUAAGAACAUUAACAAGGCCCUUGAGGAGGCCUUUACCCCUCUUGGGAUUAGUGAUUGGAACUCCCUCUUUUGGAUUGCGCACCCUGGUGGGCCUGCAAUAUUGGACCAGGUUGAGGCCAAAUUGGGCCUCAAAGAAGAGAAGCUCACCGCAACCCGUAAUGUGCUAAGUGAAUUUGGUAACAUGUCUAGUGCUUGUGUACUCUUUAUCCUGGAUGAGAUGAGGAAGAAGUCUAUGAAGGAAGGGAAGGCAACCACCGGCGAUGGGCUCGAUUGGGGUGUUUUAUUCGGGUUCGGGCCUGGACUUACUGUCGAGACGGUUGUGCUCCACAGUGUUCCUUUGAACUGUUAAUUUAUUUGGUGUGUGGAGGAGCCAAGAAAAAUAUGUAAGAAAGAAAAUUUGUUGUGGAGCAAGAGUUGAGGUGAAGUUCAUUACAUUAUUAGUUUCAACUUGGAGCAAAAUAUUAGUUCCUUAUAUUAUUUCUACAAAUAGAAUGUAAUAACUAUUGUCGUUUUAUGUUGUUUCCCAUAGCUUUGUACUCCAUAUAUAAGACCUAAAACGUAAGAAAAAUUUGUUAAAUUCUAUUGUUUUUUUUUUUAUAAAAAAAACAAGAAAAAAUUUAUUUUGAUUAUUGAUUUUAUAUUUUUAUGUGAAUGUAAUGAAAACUAUAUCAACCUUAUGAUAAAUGGGAUUUCAAUGCA